GAAAAGAAAAGUGAGAGGCAAAGGAACAAGUAUGACACCCUAAUAGGUUUCUCUAUAAAUAUGUUAGAAAACCCUUAAACCCUCUUCUCUUUCUCCUCUCCACCGUUUCGCUCUCCCUUUCAAAUGGAUCGACCAAUGGAGUUUUGGGGUGUUGAGGUUAAGGCUGGACAAUCGGUUAAAGUUGAUCCAAAUGAUCAAUGUACGGGAUACAUUCACAUUUCUCAAGUUGCACUUGGGGAAGGGAAGAAAGGCGAAGCAAGUGAAUCUGUUGUUCUGUAUUUGAAAGUUGCUGAUAUGAAGUUUGUUAUAGGAACUCUUACUAAGGAUUCCUUUCCUCAGACUACCUUGAAUAUCGUUCUAGACGGGGAGUCUGAACUUUCUCACAAUUCAAAGGGCGCAAGUGUCCAUUUUUCUGGAUACAAACUUAUUUGCGGUGGUGAUGAUGAUGACUCUGACAGUUCUGAUAGUGAACCUGAACUUGCUCCUUUGGUGGACCGUGCUCAAGCUUUGAAGGCUGCUAAUUCUGGUAAACCUGCUGAACCUGAAGAAGAAUCAGAGUCUGAUUUUUCUGGGUCUGAUAUUUCAAUCAAUGAAGAGAGUGAUACUGAGGAGAGUGAGAGUGAAGAAGAGACUCCUGCUAGUGAGAGUGAAGAAGAGACUCCUGCUAAAAAGGUGGAUGAGGGCAAGAACAAAAAGAGAACAAAUGAGACCGGAUCACAAACUCCCGUUCCUACCAAGAAAGCUAAAGAUGCUACUCCUGAAAAGACUGAUGGUAAAAAAAGUGUGCAUAUAGCAACUCCCCACCCUAUGAAGAAGGGUGGAAAAACUCCUCAGAAUGCUGCAAAGGACCAGAGUCCCAUUUCUAAGAAGCCUGCUACCACCAAAUCUGGUCAACAAAAUAAAAAGUCUAAGCAAGAUCGCCGUUGAUAUUUCAUGUAUUACAGUUAGUAUGGUAAUGUCUGAUGUUUUAUCCUAGCUUUAGAGUUGGUACACUGGAAAAUUUAAGGUGAAAACAUAGUUUGGAAAUUUUGUUGACAUUGUUGAACCCCCGAUAUUUAAUCUUGGUAGUAAAUUUGUGUCUGGGUUUUGGAGAGCGUCAAAGUUCAACAUGUACUUUGAUAUAAUUUUUUGGUUGAAUCUAAUCUGAUGCAAAGCUUUCCUUUUA